AGCUUUCCGGAACUACUGUGUAGAGGGUUCGAGACUUCAGUUCACCCAGGUAAACCUGUGAGGUGAUGCCACUGGGGCAGCUUAUCGCCCCGCUAACCCCCGAUUAGAAGGCGGUAAAUCACUACAAAACGGGCGAAAUUCCAUGUGAAGCGUUUCCCAACCCACUGGUAACGACCAAUGAGUGCAUAUCACAGCGACUAAUGCGCAGUGGCAGUGGAGGAUGGGAAAGCGGUCAUCUCGUGGGCCGGACGGCGCGAUUGUGCCCCGAAAGAGGCAGAAGGUAGUCCAUGAAGCGCCGACCUCAGAAGAGAUCCACGCGAGCAGACAACUGCAACAACUGCUCUCCUUCAGUCAGGACCCAGUACGCGCGCGUCACGGCCUUCAAUCCUUCAAGCUCUUCCUCGACGAACUGCUCAGCCUCGACGGCAAAGAUGGCGACCGUUUCAGGAUUCUCCGCGGCUUUUUGGACGCCGCAAAACCUGCCGAGGACGACGAGAACCCCGUGUAUCUGCCAGAGGUCAUGCAAACAUGGAGCUAUGGUGGCCAGACCAACAACGACAACAUCAUGUCGGCUGUGCCCGUUGUGCUUGCCCUGCUGCUGAAGCUGCUCUCGCAGUCCCUCGAUACGGUGCAGUACGGCCUGGGCAUUUGCAGGACCCUUUUGCAGAAGCGGCAGCAAGAACUUAUUGCCCGAAACCUCGCAGCCGACAAGGGCAAGGCAUUUAUCAUAUCCCCAACCCUGAGGAUGCUAAGGGAGUCCGUCAGCUUUGAUGGGGGGGCCAUCGCGAGGCCGCUGUUUCGGGCCAGGGCGUCUAUGCUCAAGUCGCUGGCACGGAACAUGGGCAUUGUCCACGUGGGAGACGAGGCUGAGGAUGCCAAGCGGCCUUCUACUAGGACCAAUGCCGUUCUGUUCUUCCUCAGCGCUCUCAGGUUCCUCCAUCCCGAGGCCAAGAAGGAACUGCUCUCGCAGAGAGACAUUGUUGCCGCGCUGACGCGAGAUGUCAAGCAGGAUCCGCCAUACGUCGUCCGUGAGCUUCUAGCCGGGCUACGGAGCCACGUCCUGCUCGAUGACAAGCUCCCACGCGAGGCCAAGGCGAGUUUGCUGACUACAUCUACGCUCACCCGUCUGUCGGCGCUGUAUCAGUACCGCUUAGACACGCCCGCUGAAGACGAGCCAUCCAUUGCCGAUAUCGCCCACGAAUUCCUCAUGACCGCGUGCACCAACCCUUCUUGCGGCGUGCUGAGGCAGGAUUCGGGUUUUUACCCCCGAGAGAUUGACCCGAAUGCCGCCAUCCCGAGCGCCCAGCUCGACGACCUGGGAUUGGAAGCCAUCGUGUGGAUGAACAAGUUCAAGAACGAGGUGCCGGUCCGGAAUUACGCACUAUCAAACUUCGUAUUGAACCUGCGGCCAUGGUCGAGCAUUAAGCAGGCCGAGCUUCUCACCUCGAUCUUCAGGGUCGCCCCUGAAAUCGUGGCCCCCUAUUUCCUCAACAACAAGUCCUUUACAUUCGAGCCGAAGCUGUCGGCGACAUGGAUUGGUUAUGCCGCUUUUCUCUUCAACACCGUCACACUCCCCAUACCUGACUACUUCUGCCGAUCAACGGGCUUCCCCGAACUGCCUCCGCCAACCUCCAUCGUCAUUGACAAUAUUCUACCUCCUCCGCUGAACCAGAAGGCAUUAUCCCGGUGCUUGGCGAACAAGUCAAACAUGAUCUCUUUCUUCGCCACGCGGAUACUAGUGGUUGCGAUAGAGAAGCUAGACGCUGCGAUCAAGAUGCAUCAGGAUCCUUCUCAUUCAAGCAAGACUGUCUGGGCCGAGGCUGCGCGGAGGCUUGUUGACGAGUUCUGCCAGCGGAGCCCUGGGAUCAAGGACAUGAUCAACGCAUACCGCUCAAUACCCGAGGGCGAUGUGCUGCAGCGCGAAGCGGCAAGUCGGCUGCUGCGCCUCUGCUAUGAGGUGCUGCCGCAAGUCGCUCUCAUGGCCAAGUUUGACGUCUCUCCUUUCCUCGAGACGUCACUCGGCCGCCUGUCGAAGCAAGAGGUGGACGACUGUAGGGACACUGCGUUGAGCCUGAAGGAGCUGGAAAACCUACUUGCCAUCGCCGGAUAUUCCCCUGGAAUGCGCUGGUUUGCAGCCUCCGAGGCGCUGUCACUGUCGCCCUUCACGCUACUCUUAAAAGUCUGUGUCGAUACGCCCGAUGGCGUGACGCUAGAGACAAUACGACAGGUGCUCAACUUCGUUGCCGUUGAGCAGCAGCUGGUGCCUGCAGAUGAAACUCACCCCGGGCUACUUGCUUUGCUUGAAGCACUGCAGGCCCUGCGCCAGUCAGCUCCAAAUUCAGUCGCGCUCGUCUGGCCGUUCCUGGACAAUUGCCUCACUCGUUGUGCGAACGCUCCUGUCAAGUACGUUGAAAAGAUGCAGGACCUGGUAAACGAGGCAGGCCUUUCUGGAGGCUCUGUCAGUCCGAUUGCAAUGGCCAUGCUAGAGCAGUUGCCAUUCGUCGCGGCAAAGGAGGGAGAGGGGGCGCGGACGACGCUCCGGGCCUUGGGUCGCUUUUUGCCCAAAUUUCUGGGCCUUUCGGCAGUUGCGGGGGAGAGCAAACCAUUGCUCGACUUGCUCUUCUCGAAAAUGGUCACACACCUUGCCGAUAGCAAGGGCAAACUGGCAAAGGCCGGGGUGCCGGAGGGCCUUCGAUUCCAACACAACCCUUGGCCGCCAGUUUCAGAGGCCAGGGCGGGAGAGACCAAGCACCCGGCGGCCAGCCAGGAGAACGGAAAGUCGGAAGUGAUUUUGGACGCCGAAACCUUGGAGAACACCCUACAUACACCGGAUGGCCUGGAGGCGGAUAACUCGGCUUUAACGAAGUGGUCGACGAAAACGGCGGAUGAGCUUGUUGAUGAGGGCUAUCUUACGUCCCUCAUGGCGCUGCUCGUCUCUGAGCACACGAGCAUACGAAAAGAAGCACUUGUCAACAUCCUGAAGGCAGCCGCGAAGAUCAAGCAGUCGGAGUAUGAUGAGAAAGAGCAGGUCUGGCUGCUCCUCUCGGAGCUCGCCGAGACAGCCAGGGACCACAUCAACGAGGGGCCGCUGCCGAGCCCAUUGGCGUCCUUUGGUUGUCAUGCACUCAACGUCCUGCGCGAUCCGCUUUCGAGUCUUUAUCCCAAGGUCAACACCUUUCUCACGCGUGGCCCGCUCUGGAAUCUGGACAGGCUCCCACUGGUGGACGAAAUCCUGUCAAAGGAACCCAUCGUCGGAGAUACGUUCUACGCCCAAACGAACUGGCUCCUAGGGUAUCUCAUCGAUGGGCUACGGACUCCGCGCGAUCUUGACCUGUUUCAUAAGAAACGCGCCAAGGGGCCGAUCUUCGAGCGGAUCCUUGCCUUGGCCGUGAAUCCCUAUCUGAGGCUGCCGCUCCGGACGCACGUCUUGAGGUUGCUGUAUCGGGCUACCUGCAUUGAAGGGGGCAGCACGACCCUGACGACGAGGUUUGGCAUUCUGAAUUGGUUGGAGGCGAGACAAGCUAGUUCUACAGAUAGCAGCGAAGCGGCGCUAUACGGUGCGUUGCGUUGGAGGAUAUGGGAGACGUGCGAUCAAGGAAGGCUUAAGACUUGGAGUAGGGGAGGGCUGGAGAUUUAGAUCUUGAAACAAUGCGAAGUCACAGCCAAACUGAAACCCCUAAAUAAAAGGGCCUCCCUUUGCCAUCCUCGCCUUAUUCGU